AAGGUCCCCGCCUCCGUGGCUCGCCGGGGUCCUAGCCAUGGAAAGGUGGCCGCAGCGGCCGCCUGACCCCUGCGGCGGUCUGGGACGGGGGCUGUCGCCUUCUCCUGGAGGGCGGCGGCGACAAAGGCGCCGGAAGGAUGCCUGCGGCCGAAGGGACCUCGCAGGGGAGGGGAGUUGAGGGAGGAGCGCAGGGGCAGAGUGCAGAUGAGGGCCGGCCUGUCAGGCGGGAGCCGGGCAGGUGCGCGGGCGGAAGUGCGGAGACGGCGGCCGAAGCGGAGCAGCCUAGGAAGCCUUGGCCGCGGGGUCACCCAGCGGGGAGCCGCCACGGAGCCUCAGCUUGACCGCGGCUCCUAGGGCUUCGUCGCCGGCGAGAUGCCGCUGUUCACCGCCAACCCCUUCGAGCAAGAUGUGGAAAAAGCCACAAAUGAGUACAACACUACAGAAGAUUGGAGUCUUAUUAUGGACAUAUGUGACAAAGUUGGAAGCACUCCUAAUGGUGCAAAAGAUUGCCUAAAAGCCAUAAUGAAAAGAAUAAAUCAUAAAGUUCCUCAUGUUGCUCUGCAGGCAUUGACUCUUCUUGGGGCUUGUGUGGCAAACUGUGGAAAGAUAUUUCACUUAGAAGUAUGUUCCCGUGAUUUUGCAACAGAAGUACGUGCUGUGAUUAAAAAUAAGGCCCACCCUAAAGUAUGUGAAAAACUAAAAUCUUUAAUGGUGGAGUGGUCAGAAGAAUUUCAGAAGGAUCCUCAGUUUAGUCUAAUAUCUGCAACUAUUAAAUCUAUGAAAGAAGAAGGAAUUACUUUUCCUUCAGCGGGUUCUCAGAUUGUCUCAGCUGCUGCCAAGAAUGGUACGUCAUUGAACAAAAACAAAGAAGAUGAAGACAUAGCUAAAGCUAUUGAAUUAUCAUUGCAAGAGCAGAAGCAGCAACACACAGAAACAAAAUCUUUAUAUCCAUCUGCAGAAAUCCUGUUAAAUAAUAAAGUUGCACGUAAAGUAAGAGCUCUAUAUGAUUUUGAAGCUGUUGAGGACAACGAACUCACCUUUAAACAUGGUGAAAUUAUUAUUGUUUUGGAUGACAGUGAUGCCAAUUGGUGGAAAGGAGAAAAUCACAGAGGAAUAGGACUCUUCCCAUCCAAUUUUGUAACAACUAAUUUAAACAUAGAGUCUGAGGCAGCAGCUGUAGACAAAUUGAAUGUAAUUGAUGAUGAUGUGGAGGAAAUUAAGAAAUCAGAACCUGAGCCUGUUUAUAUAGAUGAGGAUAAGAUGGAUAGAGCCCUGCAAGCACUCCAGAGUAUAGAUCCAACAGAUUCAAAACCAGACUCCCAAGACCUCUUGGAUCUAGAAGAUAUCUGCCAACAGAUGGGUCCAAUGAUAGAUGAAAAACUUGAAGAGAUUGAUAGGAAGCAUUCAGAGUUGUCUGAACUGAAUGUAAAAGUCUUAGAAGCUUUGGAACUGUAUAACAAAUUAGUGAAUGAAGCACCAGUAUAUUCAGUCUAUUCAAAGCUCCAUCAGCCAGCACAUUACCCACCUACAUCAUCUGGAGUUCCAAUGCAGACAUAUCCAGUUCAAUCACAUGGUGGAAACUAUAUGGGUCAAAGCAUUCACCAAGUAACUGUUGCCCAAAGCUAUAGCCUAGGACCAGAUCAUAUUGGCCCACUGAGAUCUCUGCCUCCAAAUAUGAAUUCCUCAGUGACAACACAGCCUGCUCAAACUCCAUAUAUAAGCACUGGACAAGACCCUGUUUCCAAUCCUACGUAUAUGAACCAGAACUCUGCCCUUCAAUCAGCUACUGGUACAACUGCUUACACACAGCAAAUGGGGAUGUCUGUGGAUAUGUCAUCUUACCAGAACACUACUUCCAAUUUGCCACAACUGGCAGGCUUUCCUGUGGCAGUUGCACCUCAUUCAGUUGCACAGCAGCAGACAAAUUACCAUCAGCAGCCUCUCCUUUAGAAACAAGCCAAGCAUUUUCUUGAAAGCCUUCAUAAGUGUGUCAUUCAACCCUUGUGAUUCUAACCUGAAAAUAUUAAAAGAAAACUUUUUUGCUCUCAACUCAAAGGUCGAUGAAUAAAUAAAGCACAAAAACCUGUCUAACUCUA